AUGAACCCGUAUAGCCAGUCCUCUGGUUAUACGGGCCUUCUUCACAGUCAACAGGAAAGUGUUCUCCAUGAAAACUCUCCUUACGAGAGUUUUCAUUCUGGAUCUUCAGAAAUCCCUCAAUUAAGUUCUCAACAAUGUGAGGCUCCAACUCUACCUACAGACAUACCUGUGGAGCGUGGGAAGAGACACAAAUGGACCCCAGCGGAUGACGAGCUUCUAAUCAGUGCCUGGUUAAACACAUCUAAGGAUGCUAUAGUCGAGAGGAAAAUUAGUAGUGGUCAGAAUGAUAACGAUGUUCUGAAGGUGGCCCAUGACAUCUUCUACUCUGAUCAGGAAUCAAAAUUUACACUUGAGCAUGCUUGGUGUGUGUUGAGGCAUGAACAUAAAUGGCUUAGCCUCAACACCACUAAAGCUUGUGGAAGUUCAAAGAGGAAAAGCGGUGAAACAGGUUCCCAACUGUCUUCCACCAGUGUUACUGACCAUGAGAUCCGGCCUGAAGGUGUCAAGGCUGCAAAAGCUAAAAGGAGUAAUGGUCAGGGGAAGUCGGUUGCUGAUUAUACAAGCGUUUGGGAAAUGAGGCAGGAGGAUCUCGCGAGGAAAGAAAAACUCUCCAAGCUUGCCAUAGUAGACACUUUACUUGCCAAAAAAGAACCACUCAGUGACGCUGAAGAAGUUGCCAAAAACAAGCUACUAGCCGAGUAUAUAUAG